GCGGCGCGCGGGGCGGCGCAGAGCGUUCUCGGCGCGGCGCGGAGCGGAGCUGACCGGCGGGCGAGGGGCCGCAGGGGGAGCGGAGCGGGCCGGAGCCGAUCCGGAGCUGAGCCGGGAUCGGGCCGCGGAGCGGGGCCCGGGCGAGGAGCAGCCAUGGCGCCGCGCAGGGCCGGGGCCCGCGCCGCUGCUGGCGGCCUGGGUGCCGAGUAGCCGGGCCGGAGCGCGGGCGGCGGCGGCGGCGGCGGAGGCAGCUGCGCCCGUGCCCCCCGCUCUCCAGGCCCCGCGCCCCGCGCCCGGGCCGCCGGCGAUGGUGACACAUGCGGCGGCGGCGCGCCGGCGGCAGGACCAUGGUUGAGCGCGCCAGCAAGUUCGUGCUGGUGGUGGCGGGCUCGGCGUGCUUUAUGCUCAUCCUCUACCAGUACGCGGGCCCGGGACUGAGCCUGGGCGCGCCCGGCGGCCGCGCGCCGCCCGACGACCUGGAUCUCUUCCCCACGCCCGACCCGCACUACGAGAAGAAGUACUACUUCCCGGUGCGCGAGCUGGAGCGCUCGCUGCACUUCGACAUGAAGGGCGACGACGUGAUCGUCUUCCUGCACAUCCAGAAAACGGGCGGCACCACCUUCGGCCGCCACCUCGUGCAGAACGUGCGCCUCGAGGUGCCCUGCGACUGCCGGCCCGGCCAGAAAAAGUGCACCUGUUACCGGCCCAACCGCCGCGAGACCUGGCUCUUCUCCCGCUUCUCCACGGGCUGGAGCUGCGGGCUGCACGCCGACUGGACCGAGCUCACCAACUGCGUGCCCGGCGUGCUGGACCGCCGCGACCCCGCCGCGCUGCGCACGCCCAGGAAGUUCUACUACAUCACCCUGCUGCGAGACCCCGUGUCCCGCUACCUGAGCGAGUGGCGGCACGUGCAGCGGGGGGCCACGUGGAAGACAUCGCUGCACAUGUGCGACGGGCGCACGCCCACGCCCGAGGAGCUGCCGCCCUGCUACGAGGGCACGGACUGGUCGGGCUGCACGCUGCAGGAGUUCAUGGACUGCCCCUACAACCUGGCCAGCAACCGCCAGGUGCGCAUGCUGGCCGACCUGAGCCUGGUGGGCUGCUACAACCUGUCCUUCAUCCCCGAGGGCAAGCGGGCCCAGCUGCUGCUGGACAGCGCCAAGAAGAACCUGCGGGGCAUGGCCUUCUUUGGCCUGACCGAGUUCCAGCGCAAGACGCAGUACCUGUUCGAGCGGACGUUCAACCUCAAGUUCAUCCGUCCCUUCAUGCAGUACAACAGCACGCGGGCGGGCGGCGUGGAGGUGGGCGAGGACACCAUCCGGCGCAUCGAGGAGCUCAACGACCUGGACGUGCAGCUCUACGACUACGCCAGGGACCUCUUCCAGCAGCGCUACCAGUACAGGCGGCAGCUGGAGCGCCGGCAGCAGCGCCUCCGGAGCCGCGAGGAGCGCCUGCUGCACCGGGCCAAGGAGGCGCCGCCGCGGGGGGACGCCGAGGAGCCCGGCCGCGUGCCCACCGAGGACUACAUGAGCCACAUCAUCGAGAAGUGGUAGUGGCGGCCGGCGGGGGCAGGUGGGACCAGGCAGACUGACCAACACACUCGGCCCCCAGAGCUCCGUGGGAAGAGGACCCCCGUCCGCUUGCCAGAAGACGGAUGGACGGCUGAGGGAGGGGAAGGGGUGGGCCUGGUGGGUCGGUUCUUCCCACCCUCCCAGGCUGGGGCUCUGAGAAAUCAACGUGGGAACCCACUGGGUCAGAGGGAAGGGUGCUUGGAGGACCCCCCAGCCAGGCCUGCAGGACUGGGAGCAGGUACAUCCCCGUUCUCCUGUCCUCCUGGUCACAACGGCCACAGGUUUGAAGACUAGAAAAAUCCAAUGCAGUGGAAGGCGGACCUGCCAGGCCAGGUGUGUGGUCACGCCCACCAGGCACACGCCCGCUCCCCCCCCACUCCCCCCUGCAGGUAGCUCAGCCUCCAGGGAACCCCUGGCCCCAAGGCCUGCGUGGAGACACGGCAGCCCUCUGAGGUAGCCUCAGGAAUGGAGUUCCCAGCUCACCCAUCUUCAGGGUCAGGGCCCACCCCAUCUAAAGCCAAGAAGACUCUAGUCCAGCCCCUGGGAAGCCCACUCCCCUCUCUAGCCCAAGGUCAAAACCCACAGUGUGGCUUCAUGCUUCGGGUCAAGAGAUCAAAGCACAUCACCUGGGGUCCCCCACCCCGUUUUCCUCAGUCCCCAGAGCAAGGGGCGCUGUGGGGAGAUGGUCCCCAUGCUGCACUGCCCCCUUGCAGGGGCGGAGGGCAUCCCAGGAGUAGGAAGGCCAUAGGUGAGGAUGCUUCCACCUGUGUCCAGGCAGACCUCCCAGCCAGACCAGCUCAGACAGGAAGGGGGACAGAAAUCAAGAGCUCUCCCCCUGCAUUGUCCUUUCUGACCCUCUGGGCUUUGUCAGUGGGCUGCCCCCAGCCCCAAGCCCAUGACUUGGACAUUUAUGUGGGACUUAGACCCAUUCCCCCCACAGCCCCGUGUAUAAAGUUCAGUCAAGCCUCCGUUGGCUGGAACUCUGCAGACCACAGCCACUGCCCACGAGCCAUACUUUGGGGCCACGGUGGUUCAGGACAGCCAGGAAAGGGUACUCGGGCUUUCAGAUUCUCCUCCAGGAUUGGAAGAAACAGCUCUGGGUGGCUCCCCUAAUACCCAGAUACACAGCCCCCCGACCCCGGGCUCUCCCCGCAUUUUCCUGCGCCCUUGCCCCUACCAGCUGGUCAGGCCUGUUCCCCGCAGCCCUGCAGAUUGGAGAAGCCAUGUUCAGUCCACUGUAGACACUUGCCCCAUGCCCAUCCCUCCUGUGCUCGGGGAGGCCAGGCCAGCGUCGCCUCUGGACGUGCGCCCCGCCCCCCACGACAUGAGGCCCGAGACCUGGUUCUGGGGAGCUGAGUGUGAGCCCCACGCCCACGGUGGAUGGGCACCCCAUCUCCCCAGGAGAGGAAGCACACGUGCCCGGCAGCUGCAGGCCAGACUCGAGGGUGGUGAGGGCCCCGGGCCCCCGACAGCCUCAUGGGCAGAUCCUGCCAGGGUUCCCUGCCCCAGGUUCCCCUUGGCCACCCUAGCUGCCCUCCUGUGGAAUGAGGGAGCCGUGAGCACCGCAAGGGUGCUUUAGUCUUUGCCUGUCUGGCCUGAGCCGCCCCCCCCCCCGCCCCCCGCCCGCCAGCUUCCUGCGCUGGCCACUUCAUCUUGCAGUCCAAGGACAGCGCAGUCAACAGGCCCCCGAGAGCGGACACAUCAUGCUGAGGAGGUGAGUGCUCAGGCAGCUCCUUUAAAGGGGUGUGAAGGUCAGCAUGGGGGUCUGCGCCAGUACUCAUCUGGGGCGGGCGCGCUCCAGGGAGGAGGGCGGGACACGUUCACGAGAGCUCUGGGGUCCUGCACAAGCACCCGCGACGCUAGGGGCUUGCUGUGGCCUCCCACCGGGAGGAGCGCUGUGGUGCGUGAGCCCCCCGGGCACCCGGCCAGCGGCCUGGCUCAAGCAGCCCUCCCCAAGGUGCGCUCCUGAGGGUGUGGCCCGAGUGCAGGAUGUGUUUUGUACAUAAUGGAGUGUUUUAACUCAUGGCCCGUUGUCCCAAGUCACACGGUCUCCUCGGUUUCUUCACUGCAUCUGGAAGGAGGUCCUGGCUCCGGCCAGCAUCCAGGCAGGGGUGCCAGUGACAGCACCAGCUGGCAGUGCCCCUCGGCCACUUGGGUCUCCCGUCCAGCACUGCCGGCUCAGGACGCCUGCUUUGAGGUAAAGGCUUCUUGUGCCUGCAGCAUCUCCUCCAACACCACGGGCUGGGGCUCCAGGGAAGGGAUGGCCUCCCCAGGGCUCUUCCCAGGGCUGAGGGACAGAAGCAAACAUGCAGUGAGCGAGCAGCUCCCUGCUCCCACCACCCCAGGCCUUCGAUGUCCUCUCUCGGAGGAGGCGUGAGGGACGAGAGAACUGUCCAAGCAAUGAGUCUGUGAACGUUUUGGGAACUGGAAGAGUUUAACUUGAACCCAGGAGCGUUUAAAGCUUUAUUUAUUUAUAGCUUCUUAUUAAAAAAAAAAAAAAAGUGUUGAGAAGAAACCUUUUGGUGACUCAUACAAAAAAAUGAGUUGAUGAUGGAAACGCAAGUCAUAAUCAUCUAAUUGUUUUUGUCUAGGUCAAGAUGAAUGUUAGCAGAUGAAAUAAACCCUGAAAAGGA